AUGGAAGAUUGCCGUGAAACCCCUGAUCCUGGUGGGCCCGAGAAUCCGAACGACGUAGUUAGAAGAUCGAAGACUGGGAAGAGCAGGGAUACUCGAGAUCGAUCCUUGUUCAAGCAACCACUCAACGCUAUGAAAGUGAAGAAGGUUGUUGUUGCCAGCAAGUCCGUUGCAAACAGAAACGUUGAAGCUGGUAAGGAGAGGAAGCCUCCAUCUCCGAUGACUCCGGCAAAGGUCAGACAGGCCCGCUACAGCAUGAGUAUGAACCGCUCCACGGAUACAUCUCACUACACGCACCAUGAAAGCUCGACAGAAGCGAGCGUCGUUUCAUCAGCAGGGAGUCUCAGUGAGGCCUCGACUUUGAGCAUCGGAUCUUCAACCUCCAUCAUAAACUCAAGCCUGCUUAGCACAAGCACAGGCCGCGAAAGUUUUGAUAGCGCUGGAGGAUCGACUCGAUGGAGCUCAGGGAGCUACGGAUCCAUCGAUGCUGAGUUGACGGACUCAAACACUCUCGGUCAAACGCAGAAGCUGGGAGGAUCUAGAGAUAAGCUCACUGUUGCACUUCAGCAUAAGGUUGCUACGCUGCAAACUGAAGUUCUUGAGCUUCAAAUGAGAAAUGCUUCGUUGCAAGACAAGUUGAAUGCAAAUCUGAGCGAAGCCAAGUCACACGAGACAGCAGAUCCAGCCUCGUUUCAACAUAGCGGCGGUGAGGUGUCUCUUAAACGAACGAUCGGAUACAAUGAACAACAAGUUCGACAGCUUGAGACUCAGUGUGAGAUACUCAAGGAUCAAGAUGCAAGCUUGAAUCAGGUACAUGUAGAUCUCUUGCACUCCAUGUUCCUUCCCUUGGAACCCAGCGGAAGCUUGGCAGAUGUCAUCAUCAAGUACAAGAAUGAAGAUGGAAGUGACAUGGUGCGAAAGUGUGAUGUUGAAAUGAUCCGUAAGUACAUAAUCUACCUCGAAGGUAGCUUGGAAAAUCGCCAAGAUCAGAACGCGGAUAAGGAAAAUUGGGACAAAAACACUACAGUGCAGCAAAACAAACAUAAGAAAAGCAAUCAAGCACACGAAAAAAGGAUCACUCAUCUUGAAGGACAACUGAAAGACGAGAUAGCAAAAAAUCAACAACUGCAAGAAUCAAUCAGUGAGCUCGAAAACAAUUGGGAUCGACUAAACCAAAAACGGAUGCAAGAAGAUGCCGAAAAAGAAACUAAUCUUCAGCAUGCUCAAUCCUUGAUAUCCAAACUAACCCAAGAGGCGGCAGAGCUACAGGGCAAGCUUGAGGCAGCCGAGGCAGAGGCCGGGGAGCUAGGAGCCGCUCGAGACGCCAUGUACGAGUCGCUGCGAGAGCUUGAGACUAGAAGCCGCGAGGAGGCAGAGGAGCUCAGGACGAAGCUGGGCGAGGCCGAAGAGAGCGAGGCGAGGACUCGAGACCGCAUGCGGGCACAGCAAGACGAGCUCGAGGCGCAGCUACAGGCGGCUCAGGCGAGCUUGUCAGAGCUCAGACAGGAGCUACAGGGCAGCGUGCAGGGGAGCGAGCAGCUGCAAGAGGAGAUUGCUCAGCUCCAGGAGCAGCUCGAAGCCACCGAGCAGCGGUCGCUGGCUCAAGUGUCCGAGCGCGACCAGAGCUUGCAGGAGGCGCAGGCAGCGAUCUCGAGGCUGACGCAGGAGGCGGCAGAGCUACAGGGCAAGCUUGAGGCAGCCGAGGCAGAGGCCGGAGAUGUGCGGACGAAGCUGGGCGAGGCCGAAGAGAGCGAGGCGAGGACUCGAGACCGCAUGCGGGCACAGCAAGACGAGCUCGAGGCGCAGCUACAGGCGGCUCAGGCGAGCUUGUCAGAGCUCAGACAGGAGCUUGCAGAGGGUCAGAGCCGACAGGCCGAGAUGGAGGGAAGCAUGCAGGAGCGAGGCCAAGCCCUUGAGGAGGCGCAGGCAGCGAUCUCGAGGCUGACGCAGGAGGCGGCAGAGCUACAGGGCAAGCUUGAGGCAGCCGAGGCAGAGGCCGGGGAGCUAGGAGCCGCUCGAGACGCCAUGUACGAGUCGCUGCGAGAGCUUGAGACUAGAAGCCGCGAGGAGGCAGAGGAGCUCAGGACGAAGCUGGGCGAGGCCGAAGAGAGCGAGGCGAGGACUCGAGACCGCAUGCGGGCACAGCAAGACGAGCUCGAGGCGCAGCUACAGGAGUCACAAGAGUACAUUACGUCUCUCCGUGUUGAAAUGGCAGUUGUGGAGAAGAAGAGCGAUGCGCUUGUGUAUCAAUUUUCUCUACAGAAUGACUUUUUGUCUCAACUCUUCUCUGAGUAUGACUCCUUCUUCUGCAAUCUUUCGUUUUUAUGCGAGUGCAUCGAAGUUCUCGUCCAGUCAUGCGAGUUCAAGGUUUCUCAGGUCUUGUCUUGCAACAAGGCGCAGAAAGUUUACAUUGCAGGCUGUCAGCAGCUUCUGUUCGAUAGCACUGCCGAGCUUGAGGCUCUCCGCACUCUCUACCAGCUGUCCUUGCUCCGCGCUGAGGACGCCGAGGACCAGAGCGACAUGACUCUAGCGCUGGGAGCUGCUGAGAUCAAGUUGAACAAGGUGGAGGAGCUUGUUGCCAAGUGCGUGCAUCCAGUAGGGGGUCUUGCUGGAGAAGUGCAUGAGUUGUCUGGUGAGCUCUCAGCUGCUCGGGGUCAAGUCGCCGAGCACCAACUUGUCAACUGGUCGCUCAGCUCGCAGCUGGCAGCUCUCACCUCGACUCUGCUGGACUGUAAGGACAAGGCCGAAGACAUGGCGCAGCAGGUGUCGAGCAUCACCUCGGAGAUGGUUGAGGCUCAGCACGAGUCGGCGGAGCUGAAGGAGAACCUGGCGCAGACGUCGAGGAGGGCAAGGGAGUUGGAGGAGAAGUACAAGGGGUCGAAGAAAGUCUGUAUGGUACUGGACGGGCAGAUGCAUGCCGUCUGCUCGCUGGUGUCGAUUCAGCUGCUGGAGCUCGAGGUCCUGCAUUGCAAUGCAAAAGACGCCUUCAUCAACAUGAAGUACCGGGAAGAAAACCUGAUCGACUGCUUGCGCCAGUCUACCCGAGAGGUCGACAUGUACAAGUUGAGGAACCAGGAGCUGGUGGAUGAGAUGAGAGUCAAAGAAGGACGGAUCGAACAACUCAAGGAGGAAGUCUUGCAAUCUCAGAGAGACUUGAUGCAGUCACAAGAUGAGAUGACAAGCACUCUGCAAGUUUGGAACUCUUCUCACAAGGACGAGCAGGAGAAGACCCUCGCUCCCAUCUUAGUCAAACUCCUCAAAGUCUGCGACGAGAUUGAACAGACCCACAGGAACUGCCUAGUUACAACCCAGCUGAAAGACUCUCAGCACAUGGCGGUGACGACACAACUUCGGUCACUGCAAGAAAAUGUGGAGAACCUCCAGAGGGCGAUGAAGCGCAAAGACGACUCGGCCUCAGCGAUGAGCGAUCAACUCUGCAAGUACAAGCGAGACAUCAUAGAGAAAUCAAUCAGCCUGGAGUCUAUCCAGAAGGAAUACGAGAACAUGCGCUCCCAGCACGAGACCCUCUUGAAAGACCUGCAAAGAUGUCAACAACGAUCUGUCCGCAUCGAAGGUGAAAACUCAGCCAUUAAGCAAGAGUUGAGUUGCUUCCGACGACAAGCCGCAGCAAGGAUGAUGCAGGACAAGUCUAUUGAGUUCUAUUGA